AUGACACCUAUGACAAGAUUUAAACGCAGUGCAUGUGCUCUGUUGCAAUCUCUCCCCUCACCGCCUCUCACCGCCCCACACCUCCCCUCACCUCUCUUCACCCCCCCUCACCCCUCCCAAGAUUGCUGCGACGGCAGUGACGAGUACGAUGGCAGGGUGGUGUGCCCCAACACGUGCAGGGGCGGCAAGGCAGCAGCAGCUGGAUCAACUCCCCUUUUCCCCCCACCGCCACUCGCACCCUCUCACCCCUCCACAGAUUGUUGCGACGGCAGUGACGAGUAUGACGGCAGGAUUACCUGCCCCAACACUUGUGCUCAGGCGGGGGCGGCGAGGCGGCAGCAGCUGGCAGCUGACGUGGCAAAGCACAGGGAGGGCGUGAGGCAGCGGCAGCGGGCGGUGGAGGAGUGGAGGGAGAAGAAGGUUCGGCUGCAGGAGGAGAGGGUGAGGCUAGAGGAGGAGGAGAGAGAAUUGCAGGAGAAGGAGAAGAUUCUCAAAGGUAUGCAGCGGCAGAGGGCGGUGGAGGAGUGGAGGGAGAAGAAGGUGCGGCUGCAGGAGGAGAGAGGGCGGCUGGAGGAGGAGGAGAGAGAGCUACAGGAGAAGGAGAAGAUGGAGAAGAAGGUGCGGCUGCAGGAGGAGCGAGGGCGGCUGGAGGAGGAGGAGAGGGAGCUGCAGGAGAAGGAGAAGGCUCUCAAAGGUAUGUCUGGGUGUGUGCUUGUGCGCAUGUGUAUGGGUGUGAGGCAGAGGCAGAGGGCGGUGGAGGAGUGGAGGGAGAAGAAGGUGCGGCUGCAGGAGGAGAGAGGGCGGCUGGAGGAGGAGAGAGAGCUACAGGAGAAGGAGAAGGUCCUGAAAGGUAUGCAGCGGCAGAGGGCCGUGGAGGAGUGGAGGCAGAAGAAGGUGCGGCUGCAGGAGGAGAGAGGGCGGCUGGAGGAGGAGGAGAGGGAGCUGCAGGAGAAGGAGAAGGUUCUUAAAGGUAUGUUAGAGUGUGGGAGUGUGGGAGAAGGAGCUACAGGAGAAAGAGAAGGUCCUUAA